AACGCAAGAUCAGUGUGAUGCUCACAGACGGAAUACUGUGGUCACAGUGUCACAUGUGAAUGUUUAAUGUGCAAUAAAUAUACGUUUACCAAAAUUAUAUCUUUUUACAUUAUUAUUUUAUUUAAGAUACGCUAUUGGGCCACCCAAAAACAUGACAGAUAAUCGGAAAUGAAAGAUCAAAGGUGCCGACAGAGAGUCGAAAUACUGGUUCUACUGUGUUCUGACAUCCAACUGCGACAUACAACGUAUUGUAGAACGGGCCUGACUUCAGCUGAGUUCAGUCAAAAAGAACUGAUCUAAAAUCAUUAAUAAUCAGCUGUGAUCAUUAAAAUUUGAGAAGAAGAAGGAUAUGGAUGGUUGAAUAACUAUGAAAAAAUGUUGAGAUUAAUUUAUACCAUCCUUUUGACACUUUUUGUUAGUGGUUUAUGCGAAGAACAAUUCUGUUCGGCGGACAGUGCUAACUUCUGUAAAAUAAGCGAGAUUGAUCACCAGAAACUAUCGUAUACAAAAGCAAUAAAUGAGGGAUAUCAAAAAUACUUAACAAUGAUUCAAGAUGCGGAACAAAAUUAUAAAGAGUGCAACAACACAAAGAACUCGUGCUUUAGCGAUGUUAUCAGACGGGAUUUAAACCCUUUUAAAAAGAAAGGUAUAAGCGAAGAAAUGAUAAUUGCUGCAAAAACCAGGGGUACAUUCUACCAAAUAAUUGGAGGAAAAUUAUACAGAGAGAAGGACUGUAUGUUUCCUGCCAGAUGCACUGGAAUAGAACAUUUUUUAUUAAAAAUAAUUGGUAACUUAUCAGAUAUGGAUAUAAUUAUAAAUACCAGAGAUUAUCCUCAAUCCAGUGAAUAUUUUGGUAAUGCGAUGCCUAUUUUUUCAUUUAGUAAGACAUCGCAAUAUUAUGAUAUUAUGUAUCCAGCAUGGGCAUUUUGGGAAGGUGGUCCAGCUAUUUCGUUGUAUCCUCGUGGUCUUGGCAGAUGGGAUCAACAUCGUAAACUCUUAAAUAAAGCAAACUCAGAAACUCCAUGGGAAAAGAAAGAAAAUAAAGGAUUCUUUCGUGGUUCUAGAACAAGUUCAGAACGUGAUAACUUAGUUUUAUUAAGUCGUAAUAAACCUUAUUUGGUGGAUGCUCAAUAUACUAAAAAUCAGGCAUGGAAGUCUAAUGAGGAUACUUUGAAUGUAGCACCAGCAUCAGAGGUGCCUUUGGAGUCUCAUUGUAGAUAUAAAUACUUGUUUAAUUUUCGUGGUGUGGCGGCUUCGUUUAGACACAAACAUCUAUUUUUAUGCGAAUCACUAGUUUUUCAUGUGGGUGAUGAAUGGACUGAAUUUUAUUAUUAUGCCAUGAAACCAUGGAUUCAUUAUAUACCAGUUUCUAAAAACGCAAAUCAAAAAGAGUUAGAAGAUUUGAUUGAAUUUGCAAGGAAUAAUGAUGAAUUAGUGAAAAAAAUUGCAUAUCGCGGUAGAACUUUUGUAUGGAAUAAUUUGCGACUGUCGGACAUUACAUAUUUUUGGAAACAACUUCUUAAAAAUUAUGGUAAACUUCUAACAUAUAAGCCAGUAUUAAAGAAAAAUCUUGUACAAAUAGAAAAGAAACAAUAAAUAUACUUGUGAUAUUUUUAUACAACUAA